AUGCUACCCUCAGUUUUAUCAGGGUUCGCACAGAAGUGGAAUGCCAUCAAUUGGACACUGGACUACUUGACGGACAAGAUCCCUUUUGAGUGGGUGGACUACUACCCGAACAACAUGAACGAUGUGGGGAGCAAGCCCUACUUGUUCAAGUUCGACAGAGCUGUGAAAGAGUUUCAGACUCCGAAAGAAUUCAAAAGCGGCAAGCCCAAGUACAUGCAGAUUCGGCUGAGCCUACGUGGAUGGAAGCGCUUGAAAAAGGACUUCAUGCCGAAACCACUCCCAGACGUUUUCUGGGAUGACGACGAGUGGAUUAAUCAAUGUAUGCAGAAAGAAAGCAAGGUCGACAAGCCUGCGAUCAACAACUUCUUCGUGACAAAUCAGUGGAAGUUCCUGCUGAUUGGCGAGGAAGGUACUACCAUGUUUUUCCACAAAGACGGCACUGCAGCAUCAAGUUGGCAGGUGCAGCUUGUGGGCAAGAAGAGGUGGACUCUUUGUCCAAACACGGAGUCAAGACUGCUGCACACGCAGCUUGAUACGUACAACCCAGACUAUUCCAGAUUUCCGCAGUUUGCGGAUGCACGAUGCGGCCAGGUCACAGUUUCUGCCGGAGAGCUCUUGUAUUAUCCAGCUUAUUGGUGGCAUCAUACGCUGCAGGUGACAACACCAAGCAUCUCCUACACUGGGGCGCUGGUUGGUGUAGAAGCUGAUCGUUUUGAUUUGGGUUCCGAUAGGAAGCCACACGUGCAGUUCUAUGCGGACUUGCAAGAGAAAUGUGCGAAGUGCUGGCACAAAGGUGUCGGUGCGAGGCAGUGCGACGACAUCUCGCAGAAGUGGGCCGGUGCAGCACCGCCGCCCCUGCGGGUUGUGUGCGAGGAGUACCUGCCACGCUGUCUUCAGCUCUGGUCUGAGCAUGCCAAAGCCUUGCAUGGUAUAGCCCAGAAGUCACAAGAGCUGUGA